CAUUUUGAGCAGCCAAACUGGGGGUGUGGCGGACGGAUCCCGGACCGCCUAGACGGGAUCCAGUGAAAGGGACAGUUGCCUUGGCAACCAGAGGCUCGCGCUCUCUCUCUUUCUCAGCAACCAGCAGCUCCUAGAGAUGGCGUCACCAGCCCGCGCCCGGGCCUCGUAACGCCCUUUUGCGGCUACAGCUUGCCAUUGGUCUGCGGUAAGACAGAUGUAGGCCCUGUCCAAUGGUACGCGCCGCGCUCUUGGGGGCCGGACAUCUUUCCCUGAGGAGCUUGGCGCUGGCGGAAGCCGGGCAUUGGUGGCCACCCGGUUCUUCGGCAGGAUGACAAAACAGAAGAGAAAAAUUCCCGAAGUCACAGAGAAAAAGAACAAAAAAUUGAAGAAGACAUCAGCAAAAGAGGUACUGCUUGUGCCUGGAACCACGUCAGAUAAAAAGGAAGUGCACCCAGAGGCCCACACCAACGCGAGGGACCCACACGUCCUCCAGGUGUGUCUCAACCCGAGCGGGGCAGCGAGCGGCGAAGUGCCAGAGGUGAACCAGGUACCAUCCCUGUCCCCAGCAGAGCAGCGGGCCCUGGAGCGGAAGCUGAAGAAGGAACGGAAGAAGGAGGAGAAGCGGCGCCUGUGGGAGGCAGGGGGCUGCCCUGCCCCGCAGACCCCAGCCACACCUGAGCCCGCGCCUUCGGGGGCCACAUUGGCCCUGGACUACCUCUGUAGCUGGGCCCAGAAGCACCAGGACUGGAAGUUCCAGAAGACGCGGCAGACCUGGCUCCUGGUCCACAUGUACGACAGCGACAAGGUUCCUGAUGAGCACUUCCCCACCCUGCUGGCCUACCUGGAGGGGCUGAAGGGCCAGGCCCGCGAGCUGACUGUGCAGAAGGCUGAGGCCCGGAUGCAGGCGCUGGAUGCAGCGGGAGCUGGCGGCUCGGACCCUCUCCUGUUGGGGCAGGUCCAGCGCAUCCGCCAGGUGUUGCAGCUGCUCUCCUAGCAGCGGGGCCGUCCUUGGGCCGUGUGGGUACAGCUCGGCCACCCCCCCUCCCCACUGCAGUGGGGCUGCAGGCCCGAGGGGCACUGGCUGCCAGUGGCCAGCGCGGAGCUGGCUUCGGUUCCCACAGAGGACACCUCCCCCACCUGAGCCUCCUCAGGCAGGAAGAGCCCCACGUCCAGAGCCUUGAUUUCCUCUCUGGAGGCAUCUGCCUGCUGUUGGGAUGGGAGCUGCACCCUUCUGCAUUGUUUAAAUCCCUCUACAGCGGGAGGGAGGAGCCCUGGUUGCACAGUGGUUAAAGCGCUCGGCUGCUAACCAAACCCACCAGCUGAUCCUUGGGAGAAAGAUGUGGCAGUCUGCUUCUAUAAAGAUUACA